GCAGUGACAACCUCGCGUGCUUCCAUUCGUAAUAAUGAAGAAAAAGAUUGAUGUGGAGAUUUGAUUUAUAUAAUCGGAUUUGUGGAUUCGAAUUUUGUGCGAAUAAUUGAGAUGAAAUUUACGAAACAUACAAUUUGUGUUUUAAGCUAGGAAAUGAGUAAGCCUGCACUUUUUUUUCAAUUCAUUGUUGUAGCUCAAUAUGAUUGAUGUGAGUGUAUACGGAAGUCAUGCAAUGCACGCGAGUGGUUUUCAAAGUAACGAACCGGGAUCAGAUGGAUAUCCUUAUUUGUCAUCAAAUCAUCAGCACCAUUACUAUCACCAACGUCAGUCAGUAGCAAGUGUUGUUGAUUGUGCAAACCCGUCGGAUUCCCGAUCCUUCAACUCGCAGCUCAUUGGCAGCAUCAAUAGUGCGGCCAGUAACAACUGUACGAGUUCUCCCAAUUACACCCAACAGCAACCUUACUCACAUAGCCAUUUGUAUAGUCCUUCCGCGAUAGAAUAUGGUAUAACCACCUCAAAUUCCCCGUCGGAUCUUUACUUCGAUAGUGAAACUCAGAAUAUUUUCUAUAACAAUGGUCAAACCAGUUCCACACCCUUCCAACAAACAAGGAUUAUUAGUGCAGACAAUGGUUUAAGUUAUACCAAUCUAGAUUACAUGUACAGUCAGCAGGAUUGUGGGGACAGCCUGAUUAAUCAAGAAAACAAGUUACGCAUACAUCGCUAUGGAACGUUCGGGUUAUCCGCCGUUAGCGAUAACAGUUCGAGUGACCAUUCUGUGAACCAUCAUUCGAUACCGGCGAAUACCGGCUGGUCUCAUCAGAUCUAUGGGGAGAAUAAUGUGGUGCACCAUGCGCAGCAGAACUGCGCAACCGGAUUUCCGCCAGCCGGCGUCCUUGAGUCACAGGUUCUGCACUCGACGGCAACCGCGCGACUAGAAUCCGACAGUAAGCUCGGUAUUACCGAUGGCAGCAGUAACACCUCCGGGAGUGAAAGUAACAGUGCGUUGCUGCAGCUACGACAUGACCAUCUGCACCAGCAGAAUUCGCAUAAUGCACCGACCUACAAGUGGAUGCAAGUCAAACGAAAUGUGCCAAAGCCUCCAAUACAAAAAUCAGCCUCACAAACUAUACCGGAAUUUCAUAUCAACCAUCACGUUGUGGAUCCUCUUAGAGGUUUAACAGAACCUAAUCUAGCAGCAGCUGCGUCACCACAUCAAACGAGUUUUUUGAUGAACAGCACCAGCACGGGCCGUACAAACUUCACCAACAAACAGCUAACUGAACUAGAAAAGGAAUUUCACUUCAACAAAUAUCUGACACGAGCUAGGAGAAUAGAGAUUGCAAAUUCUUUACAUUUGAACGAAACUCAGGUGAAAAUUUGGUUCCAAAACCGCCGAAUGAAGCAGAAAAAACGAAUCAAAGAAGGCUUGGCGCCCAGUGACGCACAAUGUCCGUCGCCGAAAGGUAUCGCCAACUGUCCGACUGAUGGCAGCACACUAGUGAAGACACAGAACAGCGAGAGCAAUGACAACAGUCGAGAAUCUGCGACUUUAUAAUGUCCGAGCACAACAGUAGUGGGUCCUGCUUCUUCCGUACGAUCAAUUACAUCUUUUGUUUCAGCACUUGAAUGACAAAAUUAAACUUUACCACUGGUGACGGAGGUUUGGUUUCGCUCUAUCCUCAUCACUUGUUCAUCAAGUAUAGUAACUUAAUUUACUACUCACGUGUAGGAGGUUAUGCAUUCACUUUGAUAGAAUUUUAGUGAACACUAUCGAUGUGAGGCUUGUUCCUUCAUCUAUUUAAUCAGCUUCUCACAAAACAUAAGUCAAAGAUUCCGAUAACACAAUCUUCCAUUUUCCACUAUUUAAGCUGUUCAAACUAGUUCAUUUUAGUAUUUUACUUUUGAUAAAAGAAUGACAAUUGCUCACUUUCUUUUAUUAAAUAUUUUCUUCCAAUUCACUGGCACAAACCAUUGUUACAUAUAGGUUGACAAAAAAAUUACUGCCAGGCCGAGCUUACUUUGAUCUAGAUGGCUGAGGCAAUAUGCGAUAAUGAUUGGCAAUAAAUAUUCAACUUAAUUUUGCUUCGAACAAUAAGGAUUCGUCAAUUGUACGCAGUGAUAUUUCAAAACUUUAUUUUAUGUCACUCAAUGCUCAACAAAAUGUGCCAAAACACCAAAGAGAAAACCCACGCAUUAGUUUAUUAUACAGAUCAAUUCAUAAAUCCUAUAUGUGAAAAAAAAAAUCAUAAAUUAUAUUUUUUGAACUACAACACGAAAUAAGAACGUUUUGUAAGCAAACAACAACAGAGCUUUUUUAGAAUUGAAAUUAAAAUGAGUCAUGAUUGUGAUUGAUGAUUCUUUUUGAAGUUUCGACAUAUUUGUGAUUUUUUUCACAAAAUUUUGAUUGUAAAACAACGGUUCCAACACCAAAGAAUCAACAGUGAAUGUCAUAAUCGCCCGAUCAUUUUUCCUCCUCCGUCACCAGAGGCUACUGUAUAUUUUAUUAUUUAUUUAACUUACAAAACAGAAAUCAAAUACCAAAAAUAGUUUAAAGUGUUUGCAAGAAAACGAGAAUGAGAAUGAGAGCAGUCAAAGCUAGACUAGGAUACAAAAGAACUAAAAACUAAGUAAAAAGUAAAAUCAACAUCGAAUGUUCCUCCUAAAUUAAUAUAGAUUGUAGUGAUAAUUAAAGGUAAAUAAAAACUAAGCAACUGUU